UAUCUCUAAAUAGAGGAAAAGUGAUUUUUUAAAAAGUUGACUUUGAAAAAAAGUGCAAAGAAUAUGAACAGGCAAUUCACAGAAGAAAUACUAAUGACCAAUAAAUGUAUGAAGAGAUCCCCACCCUCACUAAUCAUGGAAAUGCAAAAUAAGACAACAGUGAGACCUAAUUUUUUAUUCAUCAAAUUGGCAAAAAUGUAAGACAAUAUUCAGUGCUGACAGUGCAUUCUUGUUGAACAUCUGAAUCUCAACUGUAUUUCUGGAAAGCAAUGUGAUUAUACAUAUAGAAAAAAAUUACUGUUCAUAUUCUUUGAUCCAGUAAUCCAACUUAAUUUGGAAAAAAAAAUCUGAAAAAAUAGGCUUUAGUGUCUCCCUAUGUCUCUUCCCUCUUUACUCCUUUCUUCUCUCCAGUAUACCUCACUUAAUUAACUGUCUCACUUCCAUGCCAGCUGGACUCUCAGGCCCAAGCCUUCUUCCACCUCACUCUAGCCAACUUGAGCUAGUACUGGGAAUGUGGAGAUGGUCUUGGAGCCCUGGAAAGCCUUGUCUAGGAGUCCCCAUGUGCUUUCAGGAACGUGAGGCCAAGGACAUCACUGGAGUCAACAUUUCCUGCAAGUUCCUGUGUCUGCUGACAAUGUAUAGGACACUGAUGGCAACUGGCAGAGGCUCCUUGGCCCUGGCCAUUCUGCUGGCAACUAUGGACAUCCAGCUUGGUGGGUGCAUCCACAUCCACAGCUCAAUGUACCAGAAAGGGAAACAACUAAGCCUGACCUGUACUUUGUGGUAUAAGACAGAAGAGGCUGAGGGGGUUAUAGUGUUUUUGUGCAAGGACAGGUCUUCAGACUGUUCCCCUGAGACCAGCUUGAAGCAACUGAGACUUAAACGGGACCCUGGGAGAGAUGGUGUCAGUGAAGUAUCAUCUCAUUUGGUGUUCACCAUAAACCAAGCCACACCAUCAGACAGUGGGACCUACCAGUGUUGUGCCAGAAGCCAGAAGCCAGAUAUCCACCUUCAGGGUCACUUUUUUUCUGUUUCAGUCACAGAGACAGGGAACUACACAGAGGAAGGACUGAAACAUACAGGACAGCCCGAGUUCAAUCACAAUAAAGGCACUCUCAGUUCAGGCUUCCUGCAAGAAAAAGUCUGGGUGAUGCUGGUCACCAGCCUAGUGGCCCUUCAAGGUACGUUCAGAAGACACUUAAGCACCCCAGGCAAUGAGGCUACUACACCUCUGUCAUCUUGAUUAUCCUUCAGGAAGAGAGGGGUAGAAUGGAGGCCUGGAGUGGGAGACUGAAGUGCUGUUCGAGCCCUGGCUGUCUACAGGAAAACAUUAAAUCAACAUGAGGGCAGGGCUGGUCCAAAGGGAUUUGAGAAUUUAUACUAACUAGAGGAAGAUGGAUGAAACACAUUUCUACUGGAUAUGGAGGUUAGACCUAUUAGGAAAGAAAGCUUUUAGAAGAGGCAAAUAAAUACAGCUGCCUCUACUCACUGGGUAACAGAUGUUUGCCUAUUACAUGAAGAUGAACAAGGCAAGAGACAAAGUCUGGAGGUGGGUUUUAAAAAUGCAACUCCUGGGCAAAGGGUGAUGGUCAGAUUGAGUAGAAACACUUGUAGGUGAGUCCUCUGAGUAUUAAUAUAGAUCAUGGUUUUCCCUAAUAGAUAACAAAGAGAUUGAACUUACAAUGAUUUGCCACUACAUUUUUGCAUAAUCAGUAACUAAUGCAGCUUUUUACCUGUCCUUGGUAUUAAUUCCAUUUUUUAAGCUUUCCUCUAAUCAAUAACCACCACUGUUUGCAUGCCACCAGAAUGUAAGCUCUAUAAAUGCAGGGGCUUUGUCUCAUUUACCCCAACAGGCACAUAGUAAGUUCUUUUAAGCUCUUAAUAAAUUUAUUAUAGAAUUUGUAUGAUGGGCUAGGUUUUACAUAUGGUGAUUCUAACCCUAUAUAAUCCUUCCAGAGAAACAUUCCUGAUUACUCAUCAGGAAACAAGCACAAAGAGCUUACAUGCUGCUCCAGUUCACAGGAAAUAACACAGGACCUUCUCACUCCAAACUGUCUGCUCUCAGUAAUUACCUACUAUCUGCUAAGUACCCUUUCUUUCAACCUCUUCACUACCCUCCCCAUGAGAUUGCUUCCUCCCCUUUCCAGAAACAGGACCACCUGACACUCCCUUAUUGCAGCCUCUUUCUUAACUGCAAACAAUCAAAAGAAAACAGACCUUAUUUGUGAUCCUUGGCAAAACCUGCCACAUGUAAGCCUAUAAUAGUUGUCAGGAGGAAACUGGUUAAUACCAAGCAGUCUGACCCUUUAGACCUAAUUAUUUAUUGAAUCUAAAUUCCCUCAGAUGGUUAGCUACUCUGUUAGAAAAAUAAAUUGUAUUUCUUCAUAGAGAAAUAACAACUCUGAAAAGGAAAUUGAGUCUAACCAUGCAAUCUGACCACUUACUACCUGACUCCCAAGUUAUGCGAGAGCAAAAAAAAUUCCUCAGCUCUUUCCCCUUUCCAAUCAGGUGAAGAGAAUGAACUUUUGAUAGUUGAUGCUUUUUAUCCUUCUCCCCCCAACUCCAGGCUUAGCAGAACUAUGAAAGAGGUAAUGUUCAGUAGAACAAAAGGUGACACAUUUUGUCAGGCACAAAGAGAUCACGUAGAUCAAGUUAUGAUGCUUACAGGUGAUCAAAAGGAUGAGGGAGUUUCCUGGUUCUCUGGGCUUCCCUCAGCUCAUGAAAGCACCUUGAGUGAGUACCCUUGUCCUAUCACUGUGUCAGCCUCCAGUGCUACACAUGGAAAAUCUACCUGGAAUGUUUUGGAUGGCAUCUCUUUCUUGUUUGAUUGUCCUACCUUCCCACAAGAAGACAACAAAGGUUGGCUUCCCUUCCUCCCCUCUUCCACCAGGACCAGUCAGAUUUGCUAGAGGUCACAACUGCAACUUUAGCAGUAAGAUACAACUCAUACAACCCCUUCCUUUUCCCCAUUCCCUCCCUAGUCAUCAGGGUCAAAUGACGAAUUACAUCAGGUAUCUAAAUUGUAUGGCAGUAAUACAACUUUCCUUUUUCUUUCUACAGCUUUUGUAAGCCUUGUGCCAGAACUUUAAAGAAAAGUUACAGCAAGAUAAACUUGACUCUUUAGCUUGCUACCUUUCACAUUACAACAUACACAGAGAAGAAAACAGCACAGAGGAAGAGAUGCUAAAUAUGCCAAGAAUCUGGGGAAUAUAAGGUGGGACAAAUGAAUGUAUUCCUUGAACUCUCCUUCUCACUGCCACAGCAAGCCUGUCCUUCUCACCUCUGUCACCAGUUGGGGAAAAAACAAACAAACAAACAAACCUGCUUUUCACAAAAGUGGCUGGUGGACAGUUCUCAUUCAAAUAUUGGAUAAGUAUGUGUUUUUGUACCCAAGAAAAAGUUUUCCCCCUCCUCCCCCACACAGUAAAAUAAAGCCAAACAAAAUAAGAACACCAAUUUUUUUGGAAGAAAUUUUUAUUUAACAUUAUAAAGAAGAGAGAAGAAACCAGCAAAGAUAGGUAUGCUAAGAAAAGACAGCCAGAGCCAGUGACUGACCUGGCAUGAAAAUGAAGAAAUGGGGAUCCCUGGGUGGAGCAGCAGUUUAGCGCUUGCCUUCGGCCCAGGGCGUGAUCCUGGAGACCCAGGAUCGAGUCCCACAUCGGGCUCCCUGCAUGGAGCCUGCUUCUCCCCCUCUGCCUGUGUCUCUGCCUCUCUCUCGCUCUCUGUGUCUCUCACGAAUAAAUAAAAUCUUUAGAAAGAAAGAAAGAAAAUGAAGAAAUGGAGAGACCUUGGCAUUCAAGAGCAUCCUCACAACAUCUGGAUAAAGAGGAAGCUCUGUGUGCCCAGGUGCACCACAGAGCAUAAUCAGCUUCAACCAAGUACUUGUCAGCCUCUUUGGCCAUAUCUCUUUCCUUUUAAAUAAAUGGCCAGGGCGGUAUUUGCAGCCUUUACUUUUCUCCUAAAUUCAUAAAUCCUCUUCUUUCUAUUUGGACAGAUGACCUCUUGUCAUAGUGAAAUGCAGGCAGCAGGGGAACUACAUGAAUAAAGAAGACCACAAUUUAACUGCACCUAAAGGGCAAGCCAUCAAAAGAAACAGACACCUUACCUGUGAUACUUGGCCAGAACCUGCCAAAUGUGGGAGCUAAGGUUUGUGGGAAGAGAGAGAGAAAAGGCUGAAAAAGAUGGGUUAGACCCCUAUUAGUGAUGGCACUGACCCUCAAACUAAGGACUUUUUGGGUUUUCUGCCUUAUGGGGGUAAAAAAAGACUAGGUAUAGACUCAAAAAACAUGGAUUCAGUUCUGUGUCCUUGGACAAAUUAAGUUUUGAGAUGGUGUUUCUGUCUACUUAUCUUUAAAUGGUAUCUUGACUACUCUAUCUUCUGUUUCCCCAGGGUCACUCUAAGGAUCCAAUCUAAGACUCUAGAUUUUAAACCCACAGCCAUUUGAAUUCCGACUCCAAAGUCUCCAAAGCUUUCUCCAUUAAAUUAUGUUCACUUUAAUCUUUCUCUGUUUUAUGUAUCCAACUAAAUUUUAAGCUCAUAUGGGUGGAGAUGUCUUUUGCUUUUUACUAUUCAAAGAAUCUUCUGAAAUUUCUCAACAUUACACAAUCACUGGAAGUCUCACAAAGAAGCCACAUCCUACUAUAGAAAAGGUUUCGUCCAUUGUGCUACACUAAUUAUAGUCCACACAUAAAAAUUUGCAAAAGGAUACAUGAUCACUGUUCAAGCUUAUUAAGACAUUCAAGAGCAUUAGACUAUUAGCUCUGACUUGAACUAAGCAGAAUAAACAAAGCAACAGUUAGUCAGAAGUCCCAUUUCUAAAGAAUUUGUUUUAUGUAUUCUGCUUAUCUCAAGACUUGGUUAAGCAGAAAUGUGAAAUACUUAUAUCCCGGCUUUAAAAAUUAUUGAUACCACUGAUUUCAAAUAAGCCUACAAAUUUCCAUGCAGGUAAGUUUUCUGAACACAUGUCUUAACCUUAACCCAUAUGAGUGAUACACAACUCACGCACGGAAUUUGAACCUCUGUGGCACGGAGUUAUCACAAGGAAUUUGUAUAAGCACUAUUGUUAAUCUAAAUAAAUAUAGCAAUAUUUCUUACAAAUAUUUAUAUGCUAUAUUUCAGCUGGAUGCAGAUUAUGGUGUUCCUGGAUAAAGACAAAUUGAUUUAAAAGCAUUACUGAAGGAUGCCUAGCUGGCUAAUUUGGAAAAGCAUGUGACUCGUGAUCUUGGGAUCAUGAGUUCUUGAGCUCCAGGUGGGGUGUAGAGAUCACUUAAAAAAAAAAUUCCUGAAAUCACAGCAGCUUUCUGUUGUGUAUUUUUUCAUCAAAAGAUACUAAAAAUAUACCUAUCAUCCUAUUGUGAGGAGUCUAGUAAUUUUUGCACCUUGAAAACAGUACACCUUAUUAGAAAAAGUAAAGGACCACACGCCUACAUCCCAUGAGUCACAGAUAUCCAGCUGAAAGAAGAAAGACAACAAACGCAGAUUCUACUUCUGUAGACACCAACUAAGUGCAAUUUGGCAAAACUUCAUAAAGUUUAUAUGCAUAUAAUCUUACAGUUGAAUGCCUAUAAUUCCAUAUAUCUGGCAGGUAUGAGAGAUCAAAACCUCAUGUCCUUUGGUUAAAAAAAGGGAUCUACCUGGAUCCUAGAUAAUAUCUCCAGUUGUACACACUGUAUUCUAUACAUUGUACUUUAAACCCCUGGAGCAGUCCUGUGGUUCCCAGCCUGGGUGCUAAGAUGCUGACAUUACUGUUUCCUACAAUUUCAGCCCACAGGAUGGCCACUUGGGAUAUGUUCUCUUAACUUCCUGCCUCAGAACUUAUGUGAGACUCAUUCUGGAAACUCUCAUUAAGAGUACACUCACCAAACUCUGAUGGUUUGGUUAUUCAUCAGAAUAAACCAAAUCUUUUUUGGAUUAUUCUGAUGAACAGCACUUUUAUCUUCCAAUCUCCCCAUCUCAGAGACUAAAGAGGGCUUUCCCUCUCAUGCUACUAUCUGCUUCUGUGGUAUCAUUAGUUGAACAUAAAUACAAUUAUCUAUUUACAUAUUUUCUAGAUAAGUGGAAUUAUAGGCAUUCCACUUUUAGAUUAUAUACAUAUAAUAUUUGAUUAUACACAUAUAUAUUUAUAUAUAAUUAUUAGACCUCUCACAAGAUGAUAGUUGUAUUUUUGGUACCUUUGGAUAAAAAAAUGCAUAACAAAAAGCUGCUGUGAUUUCAGGAAUGCUUUUUUUUUUUAAAUAAGUUUUUCUUUUUUUAAGUAAUCUCAAACUCAUGACCCUGAGAUCAAGAGUGGUAUCACCCCUGCUCCUCCUUCUCCUAAAAUCUGUCUUCCUUCACAAAUGUCAGUGGCCUGCCUAGAUCAGCUCUAAAAACCAACUCUGAAGAGCUCCUCCCUUCCAAAAGCC